CUCGAGGGAAUGCGGCGCGGAGCACACUGCGCAGGCGCGCUGCAGGACGCCCCGCCCCCGGCGCGGGUUCCGUCCAAUCCCAGUGGAGGCGCCAGACGCCUGGAGCCCACGAACUGACAGGAAAUGGCCGCCCUGCCGGGGCCUUCGGGCACGGAGUCAGCGGGAGCCAUGGGUCGGGCUGACGAGGCCAGAGGGCAGGCUGAGUCCUCACAGAAAAUUGAAGACUUGAUGGAAAUGGUGAAGAAGUUGCAGAAAGCGGGAAGCCUAGAGCCCAGGGUUGAGGUCCUGAUUAACCGGAUUAAUGAGGUUCAGCAAGCAAAAAAGAAAGCCAGUGAGGAGCUGGGGGAGGCCCGGACUGUCUGGGAGGCCCUGCAGAAGGAACUGGACUCAUUGAGUGGAGAGAAAGUGCACCUGAAAGAGAUCUUGAGCAAAAAGCAAGAGACCCUGAGGACCCUCCGGCUCCACUGCCAGGAGAAGGAAGCUGAGGCACAGAGGAAGCAGACCAUGCUGCAGGAAUGCAAAGAUCGAAUUUCUGCCCUGAACUCCCAGAUUGAGGAAGAAAAGAACAAACAGAGGCAGCUGAGGUUGGAUUUUGAGGAACAACUGGAGGAUCUGAUGGGCCAGCACAAGGACCUCUGGGAGUUCCAUAAGCCAGAGCGGCUGGCCCUGGAGAUUGGUGCCUUGGACAGCAGCAAGGAGCAGUUGCUCAAGGAAGAGAAGCUGGUGGAGGCAAAGCUGGAGGAUGUGAAACAUCGUCUGUGCUCCCAGUUUGGAGCCACCGGCUGCUCCACAAUCACUGAGGGACUCUUCCUCCGCAGCCAGGAGGCAGCCGCUGUGGUGCAUCUGUUUGAGGAGGAGAACAGGAAAGCUCAGGAGCUCCUGGAGGCUGCUGCCCAGCGCCAGGAGCAGCUGCAGCAGAAGUGCCAGCAGCUGCAGCAGAAGAGGCAGAGGCUGAAGGAGGAGCUGGAAAAACUUGGGGUGCAGGUCCCUGCUCAAGGCCAGAGCAAGCAAGAGGAAGGGGCUGGCCCAGGAGAAGCUGUGAGCCUUGGAAUUGGGUGCAGAGAGCAGAGACAGCUCGUGAAAGGAGCUGGGGGUGGGAAAGCAAGGAGGGGGUCUGCAGGGUCCUCAGAAGAUGGUCUUUUUCGGGGAAGGGCAGGGACACAGCAAAGGCAAAGGUGUAGAGAAUGGCAGUAGUGGGGUGGGAAGGGGCAGGACCCAUGGAGGUGUGGGUACAGGGAUGUGAGGAGACUCCCACUUCAGACCCUGACCU